AUGGAGCGCACAGCAGCGGGCAAGGAGCUCGCCCUGGCGCCGCUGCAGGACUGGGGAGAGGAGACCGAGGACGGCGCGGUGUACAGUGUAUCCCUGCGGCGGCAGCACAGUCAGCGUUCGAGUCCGGGGGCAGGGCCCCCGGGCACCCAGGCCCCCAGCCCCGCGGCCGACACCUUCCUUCAUUACCGCACCAGCAAGGUGCGGGCGCUGAGGGCGGCGCGGCUGGAGCGGCUAGUGUGGGAGUUGGUGUCCGGAGACCCCGAGCAGGACCCAGGCUUCGUGCCCGCCUUCCUGGCCACCCACCGGGCCUUCGUGCCUACUGGCCGAGUGCUGGGCCUCCUCCUGCCGCCACCGGCGCCGCCCCUCCCGCCGGGGGUAGAAAUCAAGAAAACAGAGGGAAGAGAUCUGACUUUCAACAAGAACUUGAGGGCUGUGGUGUCAGUGCUGGGCUCAUGGCUGCGGGACCACCCUCAGGAUUUCUGGGACCCCCCUGCCCACUCGGACCUAGGCAGUGUUUGCAACUUUCUGGGCUGGGCAGCUCCAUCAGGGGCUGAGGCCCGGGAGGCCGAAAAGCUGCUGGGAGAUUUCCUGAAGGAGGCUGAGGCAGAGCAGGAGGAAGAGGAGCAGUCCCAGACACCAGCAGGACCCCCUGGGACUGCCCAGAUCCUCUGCCCAGACUCCCUGGUGAGCUGCCUGGAAGAUGAGGAGGGCCUCGUGUGGGAAGGCCCUGAGCUUCUGGACUUCAGUGUAGACGACGUGGCGGAACAGCUGACCUUGAUGGACGUGGAGCUCUUCUCGCGCCUGCGGCCCUUCGAGUGCCUGGGCUCCGUGUGGUCGCAGCGGGACCGGCCGGGGGCCACAAGCAUCGCUCCCACUGUGCGCGCCACCGUGACCCAGUUCAACACAGUAACCGGCUGCGUGCUAGGCUCGGUGCUCGGGGAACCGGGCCUGGCCGCCCCUCAGAGGGCGCAGCGGCUGGAGAAGUGGAUCCGCAUAGCUCAGCGCUGCCGGGAGCUGCGGAACUUCUCCUCUCUGCGUGCCAUCCUGUCCGCCCUGCAGUCUAACCCCAUCUACAGGCUGAAGCGCAGCUGGGGCGCCGUGAGCCGGGAACCAUUAUCCACUUUCAGGAAACUUGCCCAGAUCUUCUCCGAUGAGAACAACCAUCUGAGCAGCAGGGAAAUUCUCUCCCAGGAGGCAACUCAGGGGCCCCAAGAGGAGGAUGUCCCCACAGGAAGCCUGUCCUCAAAACUGCCCCCAGGCCCUGUCCCCUACCUUGGCACCUUUCUCACGGACCUGGUGAUGCUGGAUACUGCCCUGCCGGAUAUGCUGAAGGGGGAUCUCAUCAACUUUGAGAAGAGGAGGAAGGAGUGGGAGAUCCUGGCCCGCAUCCAGCAGUUGCAGAGACGCUGUCAGAGCUACUGCCUGAGCCCCCGCCCGCCCAUCCUGGCCGCCCUGCGUGCCCAGCACAAGCUCAGCGAGGAGCAGAGCUACCGCAUCUCCCGGGUCAUCGAGCCACCAGCCUCCUCCUGCCCCAGCUCCCCACGCAUCCGACGGCAAAUCAGCCUGACCAAGCGCCUCAGUGCGAAGCUGUCCCGGGAGAGAGUUUCAUCCCCUGGUGGGAGUCCUGGGGACCCCUCAUCCUCCACCUCAAGUCUGUCCCCAGCAUCCCCUCCAUCUAGUCCUAGAACCAAGGACCCUCCUACGGGAAGUCCUCCAGCCUCUCCAGGGCCCCAGAGCCCAAGCACCAAGCUGCCCCUGAGCCCGGACCUGCCAGGCCCCUGGCCCCUGGCCCUGCCCUUGAGUGGCCCUCAUAUCUCCCUCCCUGGGCAGCAGGGCUCAGAGGCCCGUGUCAUCCGGGUCAGCAUCGACAAUGACCAUGGCAAUCUAUAUCGGAGCAUCUUGCUCACUAGUCAGGACAAGGCCCCCAGCGUGGUCCAGCGAGCCUUGGAAAAACACAAUGUGGCCCAGCCCUGGGUCCGGGACUAUCAGCUCUUCCAAGUCCUUCCUGGGGACAGGGAGCUCCUGAUUCCUGACAACGCCAACGUGUUCUAUGCCAUGAGCCCAGCCGCCUCUGGAGACUUCGUGCUGCGGCGAAAGGAGGGGGCCCAGCAUACAACCUCAGUCUCCCUACCCCCUCAUCCAGGACAUGGGCCUCAUGGGCAGCAAGGGGUCUGGCUUCUAUCACCAGGAGGCAGGGAGGGGGCUCCUCUAUGA